UCCGAUGUUCGCAUCUGGCUAUUAAAGGAUGAAUGUGCCUCUCCAAGAAUCCAGGUCUGAACAACAAGUUUUACAGCAGCAACAUCAAGCUUUGAUACAACCGUCUCAAACAAUCUGUGAACUCUCAGAUCCAGUCAUACCCACACAAUGAAGACCUUCUCCAUCGCCGUUGCCAUGCUAGCGUCCCUAGUAGCUGCAGGGGACUUUAGCAAGAGUUGCACGGACGAACACAUCGACCCCGCAACCCAGGUUCUGACGGCGAACUGCAACGCCGGUGACGGCAAGGGCACGGUUAAGUCGACUUCCCUCGACCUCAACGCCUGCUUCACCUACACGGGCACCAAGAUUCAGUACAGCGGCAAGGGCAACUUUGGUGAUGCCUGCAAUGACUGCUAUGUCUACCGCAUCGAGGACCCGGUCUACGGGCCGAUCUUCGGCACCACCCGAGUCUGGUUGAGCUGCUCUUGCAACGGCUCCGAGAGCCAAAUCGAGCUUGACACUACGCCCGUGUCCAACAAGUACGGAACUCUCAGCUGCACUUCAUGAUCUACGAGUAUGAGAGCCGAAGUCGCCUGUGUUAGCUACUGCAAACCACCCUCGAUGGUCGUGGGUGGCGAGUCGUAUUGGAGUAACGAAUGAUGUUUGACGAAUCACAGAGCAUGAUUUGAACAACCGCCAAUCUCUACCGCUACGCACGUAGACGCGAUUUGGCUAGAUUGAAAUCAUGGACACUUUCUUCAAAAGUUGAUACCCUUCUUGUACAUACUUAGACU